AUGGGAACACUGCAUUACAGUCCUUAUACGCAACUCAUCGAUCGAAAGGAUGGUUUUGCAACGACUGGCAGAUCGGCAGCAGCACGAGAACAGAAAAGUGUCCAUUGGCCAUCGGAAUUAAAUUCCUCUUCCCAAUCAUCGGACUACAAUCAGCAACAAAGUGGCAUAAGAGCCAGACAUUCAACUAUGCUUCCGAUCGAUAAUCUUAUUCAAAUGCAAAAGCGUCAAACACAGCGUUUGGAAUCCAUUUCACCAAGUCGCUUCACUUUGCAAGGUCGACAAUAUGAGCCAUCAUCAUCUGACGGAACCAGUGGCCCUCCGCGUCGUGAAAUCCAAGUGAAAAGAAGCCACAGUAUGAAUCCUUCCAUUCGCCCACCUGUCCGCUCUCCUACUUUCCCCGUAAAUUUACCGUUUCCUCUGACCCUGGCUGAUUUGACCAAACAGCAACCAUACGAAAACAACAACAAUAAUACGAGUGCAAACACUAAGCCCAAUCACUUCAACUUCAACAGUGCAUCUCACUUCGAUGAUGAACCCAAUCUUGUGUCCAUUCCAGUCCCUAUCACCUUGCUGUCAUCGACCGAUAAUUCAUCCAGAUACGGUUUGGGAAUGGUUCGUAGUCAUUCUGCGACUCCACAGCUAAUAGAUUUGACAAAGAAGAACGGGUAUCAACCUCGAGGAGGAUCAUUUGACUACGAUCCAACGCGAAUAACCACUCAACAACAACAACAACAACAACAGCUGCAGCGAAGUCGCUCCGCAUGUCGCGAUUCACCCUGUCCGAUUCCGGACGAAAACGGACGGAUCAAAACGUGGAAUCCAGCUGAUCUGAAUCCCUACAGAACUACUGAGGUAUCUGUUAGGAAAGGAACGGACAAACUCAUUCUCCGAGUCUAUCACCCGAAUCGAACAACAAAAGCCGUGUCGGUCGGUCCGGAUACGACCACCCUGUCCGUGAUCGAAACUCUGCUGGAGAAAAACAAUUUGACUUGGUCCAAAAAGUACGCACUGGUGGAAAAAAUACCCUCGAUGAAGUUGGAUGAAUCGGUUGACAAUGCGCUACUUCUACUGGUUUGCGUUGCACGUCUACGAACAGCUGAAUUGAGCUUUCGAUUAUAG